AUGGCAACGAAAAGCAAGAUCCUGUUCAUUGGAGGGACCGGAUACAUUGGAAAAUUCAUAGUGGAAGCUAGCGCUAAGGCAGGCCAUCCUACAUCUGUCCUUGUUAGAGAGUCCACUCUAUCUAACCCUGCUAAAUCCAAUGUCACUGACAACUUCAAGAAUCUUGGAGUCAAUUUCCUCAUUGGAGAUUUGUUUGAUCAUGAGAGUUUGGUGAAGGCUAUAAAGCAAGUGGAUGUUGUGAUUUCUACAGUUGGUCAUGCUCAGUUAGUUGAGCAAGACAAGAUCAUCGCUGCUAUUAAAGAAGCUGGAAAUGUGAAG